UGUUCCGUGUCCCACUCCUACUCCUACUCAAGUAGGAGAGUGUGUGUGCUCGUGUGCAUGUGUGUAUUGGUGAGUGCUUGUGCCACUGUAGAAGCACAGCACAGCUCUUCUAGUCCUGUCUGCAGUUGGACAGCAGAAGACAAGACAAGUGGACAAGAGCAGAAGAAGAUGCCAGCCAUUUUGGUCAACCCCAAGAUGAAGUCAGGAUUGCCCAAGCCUGUGCACAGCGCUCUGCCCAUUCCUCAGGCUCACGUUCCGACACGGAUGACUCAGAGCAGCGGUGCGAAGCUCACACACUACUCCAGUCUGAGGAAAAGCAGCCAGAGCACCGGCGCACUGCAGAGAAAGAGGCUCACGGAUAACAAAACGUCUACAGAUCCACAGAUUUACACAGACUGGGCAAACCACUACCUGGCAAAGUCGGGUCAUAAGCGUUUGAUCAGAGACCUUCAGCAGGACAUAGCAGACGGAGUACUUCUGGCUGAGAUCAUCCAGGUUGUAGCUAACGAGAAGAUUGCUGAUAUCAACGGCUACCCUGAAAACCGCUCUCAAAUGAUUGAGAACAUAGAUGCCUGUCUUGGCUUUUUGGCAGCGAAAGGAGUGAAUAUAAAGGGACUCUGUGCUGAAGAAAUCCGCAGUGGCAAUCUGAAAGCCAUCCUGGGCCUGUUUUUCAGCCUAUCACGCUACAAACAGCAACAACAUGCAUCACUGAAGCAAGCCAACGAAGAGUCCCACAUCCUGCAGGCAGCCCGUGUCCGGAGUGCCAGUCCUGCCCAGGCACACUCCCCUUGGUGCACUCCCCAUGCACCCCCUUGCCUGGUCCAUAUCCAUGAGCAUGAGCAGAACAAUACCAGUGAAUCUGUGCUCAAGAUUCAAGAGGACAUGCAGUCCAGACUACCAGGUCCAUCGAUCCAGCCCAGGAGAUCCAGCAGCAGACGCAGCCAGAGCUUCAUACAUCGUGACGAGUCUAAAACCCCGAUGUUAACCUGCACGCAGCGCACAGAUAAAUCAGGUUCAUCUCCAAUAAUGGUUGAUGAAGGACCUCCCAGUUCUCCUGUUCUUCCAUCUAGCAGCACCACUUGCACCACCAACACCAAAGGAUGGAGGAGCAAGUCUCUCAAUGCCAAGCACAGUGCCACCUCCUCUAUUCUUUCCAUCAAACCGCCCUCCUCAGCUUCCCUGGAGGUUCCUCCCAAAGUCAUCGCCCAAAAGUCCAUGCUAGACAAGCUGAAGCUCUUUAACAGCAGACCCUCUUCUCGAGCAUCCAGCGUCGCGUCUCUAGAAGAUCCUGAAGCUUCAAAUCCAGAUCCGAAUGAAGCAAACAUUUGUCCUGUCCACCCUGAAGUCCAUUUGGGAAACCAGCAACCUAUCAUGGCAAGUGUCUCCAGUCCUAAGUUGGCUCUGAAAGGUAUCGCACAAAGAACGCUGGGUAGGACUUUCGUGCCCAAGAUCAAGGCUGCUGAGAAGGACAAAGACAAAGUAAAGACAAAAGGUAAAGCAGAUAAAGAUAAAACAACAAAACAAUCUUCUGGCAUUGAGCAAGACCGAAUUAUGGAAGUACAUCAAGAAACCAGGGCUGAACCUCCAACAUUGGCUGAUGGUAAAAAAUCCAGUUUGAUUCCCAAAGGAACCAAGGGCCAUAGCAACGCUAAGAAAGAAGGGUCAUCACAGAGCGGUAUACCCAAACCGGGGCAAACUAGUAAGGCCUCAGGGAUGGUAAAGAACUCAGUUGCAACCCCUGGUGGAAAAGUAGAACAUUCACGUGGUUUCAGGGCCGGAGGUCCUGCAUUGGCGCAUAAAAGUCUGAUGGAGAACAAGAACACGAACUCGGCUUCUAGUUUGGUGUCGACAGAAGGACGAUGCGGUCAGAACAGCUCGAGUAGUAUCACUCAGACCAGCAAUACCAACAACAUUCAGCUUCCUCAAACACAGCACAGCCAUCCCAACACGGCUACAGUCGCCCCCUUCAUGUACAGGUCUCAGACAGACGUGGACAAGACCAGCAUGACUGAAGGAGGAGAAGGAAAGAAAGAGAGAUCAGUCCUUCACAGCAAAUCCAUCCACACGUCUCUGGAAAGCCUGAGAGGUGAGGAUUCUGAGAGCAGGAGACUGAGGACAGUGAAGAACAUCGCUGAUUUGAGACAAAACCUGGAGGAAACCAUGUCCAGCCUGAGACAGGUCACUCAUAUCAGUCACAGCACCCUGCAGACAACUUUUGAUGCCUGCAUAACCACAGAGAUCAGCACGCGGGGCUCGCUCGCCCUCACUCCCCGCCCUGUCUCGGCCGCUCCAUGGCAACCGGGUACAUCUGGUCCACGUCUUCAGGCAGGUGACGCCCCCUCGUUAACUAGUGGCUACGGCUCCAAUAAGGCGGAGAUGUUGGAGGGCAGUGCAGGUUACGUGAGCGAUGGAGACAUCCUGGGAAAGAGUGUCAGGAUGGACAGCACCACCAGUGGCUACAUGACAGACGGAGGGUUCGGUGUGUAUACACGUCGGACACACAAACACUCCUCCACGCUCCCCCACUGCGAGAGCCACACUGACAUUGACAGCUGGGACGACAGCAGUUCAGUCAGCAGUGGGAUCAGCGACGCUCUAGACACAGAUGAACUCAACACCAGCUCGUCUCUCAGCUCCUACGUCAACACUCCAUCUGCUCCACGCAGGGACAUAGAAGAGCAGCUCCAGACAGACGCAGAGAAGCGUUCUGCCAUUGGAUGCAGCUCCACCUGGAACGACGACCUCAGGCGCCCAGACGGCUGUUCGGACCCAGGCGUUCAGAUGGAGUCCAGCUCAAAGUGGUGCAAUCCAUCUGAUUUCUCAGAUGAAUCAGAGCGCAGUUUGACCGGGCGCAAACCGCAUACCAUAUCUCAAACAGGUUCUUGGAGGCGAGGCAUGAGCGCCCAACUGGGUAUCACCUGUCCAAGGACUAAGACUCCGACUCCAACGAACUGCAGCCCACUGAAAAUCCACAGUAAUGGCAAAACAGACGAUGCUAAAGUGUCAGAGAAAACUCGUUUCUCACCACAGAUACCUACAUAUGAAAGCAAGAAACUGAGCUCAAGCUCCAGCUCCCACACACCCACCAACACAUUCGGCUUCAAGAAAACCUCCAGUGGAGCAACAGUAACUGCCAGCGGUGCUGUCAUUACAACUGGCUCUGCCACUAUGGGGAAGCUCCCUAAGUCGAUUGGCUUUGGCUCAUCGCGUCUAGUGGGCAAGCAAACUAGUGUCGAUGACGGGUACCUUCCACCGAGUACUCGAACCACCCUCCAGUACCGGAGUCUGCCUCGGCCUAGUCGUUCCAACAGCAGCAUGGGCACCACCCGUGGUACCAGUCGCUCCAUCGAUGCUAGCCCCAUUAGCAAAGGCACAGCCACGCUACCCAACCCAAAGAGCCGCAGCCUGGCCAGAGCCAGUGCCAACCAGACAGACCGGGAGAAGGGAGUGUUCUCGGACACGGACAGCCUAGCUUUGGGACUACUAAAUAAAGCCACUGGUGGUGCUCAGUGCCAGCCAGGUAGACAGGCAGGAGGGAAGAGCUCGGAUAUGUCAUCUCCUACUUUGCGCAGACUCUUUGGGAGUAAACCAGGCACCAAGCCGACCCCUGUCACCACCUCUGAGAAUAUGAAGAACUCCACCAUAAUCUCCAACCCACACACAACUUCCAUCCAGACUUGCACUCUCGAGGCACCACCAGUCAGUAGCGGAAGCACACGUGGUCUCCUACAUGGGGAAAAUCUACCGAUUAUGCAGAACUCAACAAGCAAUGACAGCGUGAAGGUGUCUCUGGGCAAAGAGGAGAUGCUUUCAACAUGCCUUGAACGCACUGGCACCAUCCGGACUGGUCAAUCAGACAGGUAUGCUCAUCUGCAAGGGCGGGGCACAGAAGAUGCACGUGAUUGGCUGAACUGUCAUCCCAAUGGUGGAAUUCAGGACUCACCAGGCUCUUCCCCUUUUUCACCUGCCUCUACUCUCAGCUCACCUUCAGCAACACGCUUCAGCUUCACCACUAUUGGCAGUCCCACCAUGACUGCACAGAAACACUUGGCAACCCCGCGGCCCUCUAGCAUCUCUACAAAUCAUGACGGGCCACAUGAGCAGCACGGCGACUCUCGUCUACGCAGCGCCCCACUCACUCUGGUGGAGAAAAACCGCACUAUGAGCAGCUCUGGAUCUUUCCGUGAGGUGCAGGAGGAAGUGCAUGGUUCUUCUCUGUCUCUGGUGUCCAACACGUCUUCUGUCUACUCCACGCCUGAAGAGAAGGCUCAGUCAGAGAUCCGAAAGCUCAGGAGAGAGCUGGAGGCGUCUCAGGAGAAAGUGUCAACACUCACCACGCAGCUAAGUGCAAACGCUCACCUGGUGGCGGCAUUUGAGCAGAGCUUGGGCAACAUGACAGUCAGAUUGCAGAGCCUAACCACGACAGCAGAACAAAAGGACACAGAACUGAAUGAAAUGAGAAAGACUAUCGAGCUGUUGAAGAAGCAGAACACCGUCGCUCAGGCUGCCAUCAGCGGAGUCAUUAACACACCAGAGACCCCAAACAAAGACUCUUCCAGCGGUUCUCCUCUCUCAGCAGGAGCAACAGCAGAUCUGCAGAUCCAGCGCCAGGCCUCCUCUGACAGUGUGUCGAGCCUCACCAGUCACUCCAGCCUGGAGCUUGAUGCCAACAGUAAGAAGAAGAGGAAGAACUGGCUAAGGAGCUCCUUCAAACAGGCCUUCAGCAAGAAAAAGUCACCGAAGUCGGCCUCGUCGUAUUCAGACGUCGAGGAGAUGGAUGAGUCCUCUGUGCCUUCAUCACCCAGACUGCCGUAUGGCUGCCACUCUGCUGGGACAUCACUGCUCCGACACUCACACUCCAACUCACUCCCUCUCCUUUCAUCGAUCUCCAUUUAUGGAAAUGGUUGGGGUUGUAACAGUGCUCCCAUCAGGACCAGCUCUCUGGCACGGAUCUCGGAGUGUACGGACUGUGAGACAGAGACGGUCAUGCAGUUGCGCAGUGAGCUGCGUGAUAAGGAGAUGAAGCUGACUGACAUCAGACUGGAAGCUCUAAGCUCUGCCCACCAGCUCGACCAGCUCCGAGAGUCCAUGAACCGCAUGCAGGUGGAGAUGGAGAAGCUGAAAGUGGAGAAUGAGCGUCUGAGAACAACCAGUAGGGGGAGCUGCAGCACAACCACAUCACAGGCGUCUGCGUGUCCAUCGGCCGUCGGCGUGUCUUCUCAGUCAAGCCUCACUGAGUCCACCAGCCUAGACAUGCUGCUGGAGGACAGUGGUGAUGGCAGCUCUCGUAAAGAGGGACACCACGUUAAGGUGGUUGUGAGUCUGGACAGAGACCCAGAGUGCAAAGAGGAGUGCAGGAAAAACGACUUCCUGAUCGGCUGCAUCGGCGUCAGCAGUAAAACCAAAUGGGAAGUUCUAGAUGGUGUCGUCCGACGCCUCUUCAAGGAGUACAUUAUCCAUGUGGACCCGGUCUCACAGCUGGGCCUGAACACAGAUAGCGUGCUCAGCUACAGUAUCGGAGAUGUUCAGCGCACCAGCGAAGCCGACAUCCCGGAGCUGCUGCCCUGUGGCUACCUGGUGGGAGACAGUGACACCAUCUCCGUCAGGCUGAAAGGUAUCGAGGAGCACAGCGAGGAUGCGUUGGUGUUUGAAACGCUCAUCCCGAAGCCCAUCCUGCAGCGCUACGUUUCUCAGCUCCAGGAGCACCAGCUCAUCAUUCUGUCCGGACCCUCAGGCACCGGGAAGAGCUUCCUGGCCGCGAAAUUGGCUGAGCAUGUGGUGCUGAUGGAGGGACACUCACUGAACAAACAGCUCAUCACAUCUUUCAAUGUGGACAACAAGUCCAGCAAGGAGCUGAAGCAGUACCUGUCUAACCUAACUGAGCAGUGCAGCAGCAGCACAAGGGCCGUGGAGGUGCCUCGAGUCGUCAUUGUAGAAAAUCUGCACCAUGUCGGCUCUCUGAGCGAGAUCUUCAACGGCCUGCUGAACUGCAAACAUAACCGCUGGCGUGGACAGAGUCUCCAGUGUCAGCACCUUGUUACAGUUAGUCACUUUUCCACCUUGACAAAGUCUUCAGGACAGCCCUGCCCCUAUAUAAUCGGCACUAUGAACCAAACGUCAUCAUCCACGUCCACCCCGAAUCUGCAACUUCACCAUAAUUUCAGAUGGCUGCUUUGUGCCAAUCACACUGAACCAGUGAAGGGCUUCUUAGGUCGUUUUCUGCGGCGGAAGCUUCUGGAAACUGAGAUCAGCAGUCGUGUGCGUAACACCGACCUCGUGAAGAUCAUCGAGUGGAUCCCGUGUGUCUGGCAGCAUCUGAACCGCUUCCUGGAGACGCACAGCUCCUCUGAUGUCACUAUCGGGCCACGCCUCUUCCUGUCCUGUCCCAUGGACGUUGAGGGUUCUCAGGUGUGGUUUACAGAUCUGUGGAACUACUCCAUCAUUCCCUACAUGCUAGAGGCUGUCCGAGAGGGUCUGCAGCUGUAUGGCAGAAAGGCAACGUGGGAGGACCCGUCUCUCUGGGUGUUGGAGAGUUACCCGUGGCCACCGGGCCUCCAGCAGGUCCAGUGUCCUGCUCUGCUCCAGCUGCGGCGCGAGGACGUGGGCUUUGACGGCUUCCCCCGUGAACCCGGCACACAGGGCACAGAGCUCAUGCUGGAGGGGGCAGAACAUGACCCGCUGAUGAAUAUGCUAAUGAGGCUUAAGGAGGCAGCUCACUGCACCGGCCCACCGAGCGACGACAGCGACUCCCAGCAGCAACAGUGACAGCGCGGACAUCCAGGAUCCUUCGGUGGAAUCUACACUGUGAACAACACAGCAAUACGUCUUACUCUUCCAUGAAGAUAAGAGUUUACUCUCAGUAACCGCAUACAAAACAGGACAAUCUGUGUAGAAGACAUAUGGCUCAUGAAAAAAAAUACAUCUGGUUCUAUUUUGAAGCAUCAGGCAAUUGACUUUCCGUAACAAAUCCGAAUUGUUUUAAUACCAUGACCUUCAAGUCCACUUGCAUCACAAUGAUAGUAUAAGAGAAAUCUUUGCCCUUAAUAUCGAUUUACGUAGCAAUUUGCACACCAUAUUUCCUGUGAACUAUAUCUACACAAAGUGCCAUAAAGCUGCCUUGCCUUAUAACUAGCCGUCAUGCUAGCUUGAAAUUUAGCCAGCGCAAUAAUGCAGCGUUCGACUUACCUCCGUUCGUAUGUGGAAUUAUGCCCUUUUCAACCUCGGUGCUUUCAAACAUACGAAGUGGAAAAGUCUUUUGUUAGCAACAAGCUAAAGCGAACUGCAAAUUCAUAAUAGUGUUUUAGAUUUAACGAGCGAAUGUGUCUGUAUGUUGAUUGAGCUUUGGGUGUUUUCUUUUGCAUUUCCUGAUUGGAGGUUGGGAAUGACUCGUUGCGACCUGUCGUUGAACGCAUCGUAAAGGUGCGAUGUUGUGUAUCAACGGAGGAGCUGGCUUAAAAAAAAAGAAGAGCAAAUUAUAAUAAUAAUUUAGAGUAUUUAAGGUCACCUUAAAGUUUUUAAAACAUUGUUUAAUAAUUCAAACCUUUCUGGGGAAUUCAUUUGAGUGCACAGAUUUACCAAAUAUGUGAAAGUGGAGUGUUCUUGCACCAUAAAUGACAAGAGCUAUUUGUCUUACGGUAUGCAAAUUAAGGCCGCACAACACACCAGUUUUGUUUAAUUUGCAUACCUGAUUGAAUUUUGAUUUGCAUAUUCAUAGGUUUUCUUAGUGAGUUUUAAAAAUGUAGGGCAUUUUCUGUUGUUUGUGGAACAACCUUAUCAGGGUUUGUUUGUUUUUUGAUGCUCUUCAAAAGCUUUUUUUGGCUGAAUACAUAUUUUAUUUUUAUAAGAUCUAUCCACUUUUUUCAGUUUUGAAAAGGAACUCGUGUCAGAUACAUCAGAGACGUAUGUAGCAAUGCUGACUUGAUCUAACAAAUUUCAUGGAUGGGAAUCUCACACAUAGAAAUGUUAAGGUAAAAAAAAUCAGCAUAGGGUGUGUUCAAACCAGUACUGAAGUUUGAGAUGUAGUGCUUUGCACAAGUGCGCACUAGAUGCCGCCACAAUCGUGUUUCUUUCUCAGUGCAGUUUCUCAGGACUGCUUUGCGCUGCAGUCUCUGUAUGAAUCUGUAUGAAUUUCAUCACAAUGCAUAUUUUUUUCAUUCCGUGUUUAGGAACGUAUCAUAAGGACUCUUCUACGGGCUUCCGUGCACAAUAUGGAAAAUUUUAUGUGGUGCUAAUGUUUCCUAACGCCUUAGUACUUUUGUAUCUACAGUAUGAAUCUUAAAUGCUGGAAAGGUUUACACCAGAAUACCACACUUAAAGUUGGAGACUUUAAGUGAUAUGUCUGAGUGAGACACAUUUGUAGUCAAAGCCAAUAAGAGAAAUAUGAGCAUCUGGUGAGGAAAUCACAAUAGCCUUGUGUUUACAUGAGAAGUGAAGAAGUGUAAAAGAAGGUGCUAUGUUAUACCUCUUUAAACAGGGUGUUGGUAUUUUAAUGCUGGAAUACCUUUAAUCAUUGAUGCUUCCAGUAGAGUGGUAGAUUUCAAACAAUUUCUUCAAAUGACAGUGCGUUAAAGGAGCAGUCGAUCAUUUAAGAUCCAUCUUCUGAUUGCGAUUUGCAGUUUCAAUUCCGAUAUUUACAACUCACUCGCUUUGUGAAAACGUAUUUUUCUGGGCCGGAUAAAAAUAUCAACAGAAAGCCCGAAAAUUAAGAAACCAUCCAGAUCCAUUUAUAUCAAUAAUGCAGAUGACUGUUUUUCUGAGGUUAUAUAGAAAUGAGAUGAUUAUUGCAGGUCUAGAAGCACUUUCAAAAAUGACAAACUGCUCCUUUAUUCUCAACUACUUCUCUGAGACAGUGAUAACUGCCUAUUUUGCGAGAGUCUCAUUUGUUUGAAUAGAGACUCUGAUUGUGUGAACUGAUUAUGUGAAUUGCCAGGAGAGAAGAAAAAGACCUCUUAUUUUACGUCUCCAUACAUAGAAGCACUUUGAAGACGCUCACACACACACGCACACACUCAGUAGACUUUGGCAGUCUUUUGCCCAAUCUAAAGAUCCUCUGAGCCAGAGUGAUUUGCUUUCUCCAGAGCCGAGUGCCGGCGUGUCUAGUGGCCCGAUCCGGAGAAUUAUCCCGCCGUCCAUUUUCACGCAGUUUCAAAGGAGCACUCUGCACUGCUUUUGUUUCGACGUCUGCACUUUGUUCGCUCGAGAAAUGAAGUUUUCCAAGCUUUCAUGUGACGCACGACGUCGGACUUGUGAUGCUCAGCUUUUCUCAAUGGACCUUUUGAUUAAAGAGGACGCUAUGCAAUUUUUUUUCCAUCGUAGUUGUGGUUUCUCAUACUGAUGCAUUGUUUAGCACAACAAUUCGUUGAUAAUUCUUUUUUCAAACACAUUGUGUUGUUUUUUUUUUUAGAUGUAUAUAUAAAUGCUCAGAUGGUGAAUGGAAGAGGAAAGACACAACAUGCUUGUAAAAGUCUGUGAAAUAUCCUGAAUGUUAUAAUGCCAUAUUUUUCAUAUACUUUUUGUAUACUUUCAUUUGUACAAUAUGUGUGUAAAUUUGAAACCUUGUACCAGAAAUUGAGGAUGUCGUCUAACAAUUCUAUAAAGUUAAAUAGAGUAAAUGAUGUACAGAUGACUUUUCUACCGCCUUGUACAGUUUGUUCAGUUUUAUUUUUUCAACAGAUUGCGGGUCCUUGGAGAAUAAAGAUGAUAACCCUCUCGUA